UUUUGGUGUAGUAAACUCUAUUACAGUAUUCGUCUUAAUUUCUACUUUGUAUUUUUAAGCUUCUGUGCUGACCUCCUGACAUUUUCAAGAUCUUGUUUAAGGUUUCAUUGGUUGUUUUUUAAGCUCUCAGUAGUAUGGCAUCAUAUUAUUAAUUUGCACCAUAAUAUUUAAAUGCAAUACCUUUUGUACCAUCAUACCUGAUCCAGAGUCAAAACCAGAUUUUUAUUUUUUUGGUGGAGAUCCAAGACUGUGAAAAACCUACUGUCCACAGGGGCAUCUCACAAUGUUAAUCUCCCGUUUAAAUUUUGUUUUUAAUAGUUUUUAAUUAUAGUUCAGCAGGAAAACAUUACUUUUAUUUAGACCAUUUCAUUUAGGUUAUAUUUGUUUUUAUUUUUAUUGCUUUUCACCUUAUUCAUACUCUGCGUAUGUGUUUUGCCUGAUAGCUACAGUACUAAAUUCUCCUGCAACAAUCCUUAGAAAAGCCUUUGAUGCAUAUUUUUUUCAAGUCUCAGUUGUAAAUUAUUCUUUGUACGGCCUGUGAUGAUUCAAAGGCAAAGUGAAGGCUGUGCGUUCGCUUUAAAAGAUUGACUGAAUCAUGUUGUGGCCCUGUUUCCCCUAAUGAUGAGUGAUAAUCAAUGAGUUUCACCAGAGCAAACAUAAUCUGACAAAGCUAACAGAACACUCCUCUGUGACAGUUUUUAUCCAAAACUCCAGUCACAGACGAACUCUAUUUCAGUAUUUUACACCUAGACAACAGAAGGACUGAAACAGCAUUUUCAUGCGCCUUUGUGUAACAGAAGAAGGACAGUUCAUGAAAAUUUUCUGGAUUUUUAGGGCAGCCAUGGCAGCUGAGCUGGAUGUGGUGAACCUGUUCUUUAUUGCUGGAGCAACACUGGCGAUUCCCAUCUUGGUUUUUCUGGCUUCCUUCUUUCUCUGGCCAUCUGUACUCAUUCAAGUAUAUUACUGGUACUGGAGAAGGACUUUGGGCCUACAGGUUCGCUAUGCAGACUGCGGAGGUUAUCGCUUCUGUUAUUCCUACAGAGGAAAGCCUGGGAUGAGACCCUCCAUCCUGAUGCUUCAUGGCUUCUCUGCUCACAAAGACAUGUGGCUGACUGUUGUCAAGUAUUUACCAAAACACUUGCACAUCGUGUGUGUGGACAUGCCUGGCCACGAGGGGACGACACGCACCAACACGGAGGAUUACUCCAUUCAGGGGCAGGUCAGAAGGAUCCAUCAGUUUGUGGGAAACAUUCACUUGAACAGAAAAGCGUUCCAUCUGGUGGGAACCGCCAUGGGGGGAAACGUUGCUGGGGUUUAUGCAGCCUGCUAUCCCUCUGAAAUCUGCAGCAUUACUCUCAUCUGUCCCGACGGAAUAAGACACCAAUGUGAGACCAAGUUUGACAAUCACCUUCAAGACCUGGAACACAGCAACUUCACGCUGAACAUCCCUUUGAUCCCAACCACACCGGACGAGAUGGAGGACAUGUUCAGACUCUGUUCUCAUGUUCGCUUCAAAAUUCCCCAGCAGAUCCUUCAAGGACUGGUUGACGUCCGAGAACCUCACAACGCAUUUUACGAAGAAGUAUUCAUGGAGAUCAUCGGUGAUAAAUCAAGAUAUGCCUUACAUGAGCAUUUGCAUCUCAUAACCUCGCCUUUACAAGUGAUUUGGGGCAAGCAAGAUCAGGUGGUGGAUGUCUCUGGAGCUACAGUCAUUGCAGAGCUGGUGCCUGGAUGCAGAGUGGACUUGCUGGACAGCUGCGGUCACUCUGUGGUGAUGGAAAAGCCUUGUCGGACAGCCAAACUUAUCCUGGAGUUCAUUAUCAUGCAGCAGAAUGCCAGGAGCGGCACCAAGAAGUCUUCUUGAACAUUUAAGACUUCUAAUGCAUUGGAUCGGUUGCUCGGAACUACAUUGUAGAGAUGUUUAUAUUUUAGGAAUUGCAUUUUAUUGAUAAUUUAAAGUGAAUGGCAGUAGGAGUAGGUUCUGGAUUUCAUUAAGGUUUUGCUGGUGUGUCCUUAUGAUUAUGCGUGUUUUUAAACUCUCUUUCAAAAAAAUACCUCCCCUGUUCACAAAUGGGGGAAACAGUUAUUUGUCUCUCCUUUUUCUUUAUAUCAAACCUCAAAUUGAAACAAAACCACUACUUCUUCUUUAAUGCAUUCAAUUUGUUUUUUGACUUUGUUUUUCAAAUUGUUUUUGACAGAUGUAUUUUGCCAUAAUUGUAAAAUUCAUCUAAAGGUCAAUUCAUUUCAGUUUUUUGUUUCUUCCGAUACACAUUUCAGAAUAAAAUAUGCAUUCUUUUU